AUGAGCACAUCACCAUCAGGCAGCACAAGCGGCCCUACACCAUGGCAAGACAAGCUUGAAGAGUUGUGUCGUGAGGCGCAGAUACUGCCACCAGUAUUCCAUAUAGUUUCCGAUCGACGAGUAUUAGGUGGCAGGACAGCUUGGUCAAGCCGAGUCACGGUGCAAGGAAAGGUUUUAAGUGCCCGGUUUUGGUACGAUGGCAGAAAUCUUAACAAUGCAAAGGAGGACGCUGCAGAAUGCGCCGUCAAUUGGCUUACCUCGAAUACUGGUCCUACCACAAGUACUACAGCCUCGAGCACUUGGACAGGCUGGUGA